UCGGUCCUAGUCCGAGAAGGUGGCGGAGCUCAACACCCGGUAUACUACACGGCUAAGACGUUGAGGGGUGCCGAGCUCAGGUACUCCGUGGCCGAAAAGACGGUCCUAGCGGUAGUAUCAACCGUGCAGCGAUUGACGCCUUACUUCCAAGCUCACCCGGUUCAGGUGCUCUCCCAGCAGCCCAUAGGCGCGCUACUCAGGAGCCCGAACGCGCCCUCUCGCAUGUCUAAGUGGGCAGUAUUCCUGGGAGCCUUCCAGAUCAAGUUCAAGCCAAGGCCGGCGAUCAAGGGGCAAGCGCUGGCCGACUUCGUGGUGGAAUGCACCGCUCGGGAAGAGCCGAGCCCGGAACUUGAAACCGAUGACUGGUGGACAGUUUUUACCGACGGCUCCUCCGCCGCCAAAAACUCGGGGGGUGGAGUGGUGGUCAUCGCACCCGAAGGUUUCAGAGCGUACUAUUCAAUUCAUUUUGGCUUCAAAGCAUCGAAUAAUGAGGCGGAAUACGAAGCGCUCUUGUGCGGGCUACGCCUAGCAGCCAGGAUGAAUGCGACGAAACUAAGAAUAAAGUGCGAUUCGAAGUUGGUGGUUGGCCAUGUCUCGGGGGAGUUCGAGGCGAAGGACAACAGAAUGAAGAAAUACAGAGAUACGGCUUUGGAACUCCUUAAGAGCUUCACCGCAUACAGCGUCGAGCAGAUCCCCCGAGCGGAGAACGCGGAGGCGGAUAUCUUGUCAAAACUAAGCUCGGACACGCCCGAGCACAUCAGGCGGAUGGCGAAUGUGGAAGAGCUGUCCGAGCCGAGCAUCCAUGCCUUCCCCGUGGCAAUGAUCUUUGCUCGGCCCAAAGAUUGGACGGACGACAUAGUUGCCUUCCUAAAGGAUGGCACCCUCCCAGACGACGCGGUGAAGGCCAAGCUGGUCCGAACGAGGGCACCGGGAUACACGUUGGAAGGCGAGAAGCUAUACAAGCGAGCGUACAACGGGACGCUACUCAGGUGCCUUAGACUAACUGAAGCAAAGCAGGUUAUGGAGGAAGUGCACGCCGGGAUUUGCUCCGCCCACCAGGGGGCUUACACGGUGUCAAGGAAGAUAACCCUCCAAGGAUAUUUUUGGCCGACGAUAGUCAAGGAUUGCGCAGAGUUUGUGAAGAAGUGUAAAGUCUGCCAAGAAUUCCAGAAAGUGCCGGGGAGGCCUUCAACCAACUAC